AUGAGAGGAAUUGUGGCCUUCUGCUUCCAGUUUUCUUGGGGACAGGCAGUGCAGAAAGGCAUCAAGUUCGUAGUGACAUUUCACCAAAUGCUUUUUAAUACUAAUUAUAUUGUGAUAUAUAUUGACUUGCAUGAUGAAAUAAAAUCUUACAUAUAUUUUCUGUCUAUCUGUUUGUCUCUCUCUCUCUCUAUCUAUCUAUCUAUCUAUCUAUCUAUCUGUGCCUUCCUUCUUACUAACAUGUCAUUCCUUUAUAUUUCCUUUUCCUUCUUUUUUUCUAAUAGAAUUGAAUUUAUUUUAUCCUCUUUUUUCCUCUUUGAGAACUUUGAAUAUUAUGCUUUUGGCGAGAUUUUGGGUACAUACAAGCAUUGGAAGUUUUUUUUUUCACUUAUGACUCACAGGCGUUGGAGUGUUUCUCUUUUACAAGAAGCAUAUAUUCCACAUUUCUCUCUUCUUCUUCCCCUCCCUCCACCCUCUUUCUCACUCUCUCUCUCCUCCUUCUCUCUCUCUAUCUCUCUCCUCCUUCUCUCUCUUUUCUCUCUCUCUCUCCUCCUUCUCUCUUUUCUCUCUCUCUAUCUCUCUCUCCUUCUCUCUCUCUUUUCUCUCUCUCUCUAUCUCCUCCUUCUCUCUUUUUUCUCUCUCUCUCUCUCUCUCUCCUCCUUCUCUCUCUUUUCUCUCUCUCUCUUCUCUCUCUUUUCUCUCUCUCUCUCCUCCUCCUCUCUCUUUUCUCUCUCUCUAUCUCUCUCUCCUCCUUCUCUCUCUUUUCUCUCUCUUUUCUCUCUCUCUCUCCUCCUCCUCUCUCUUUUCUCUCUCUCUCUCUCCUCCUUCUCUCUCUUUUCUCUCUCUCUCUCUCUCUAUCUUUCUCUCACUCUUUUGUUUCGAUUUUAA